AGCCUCUCUUCUUCUUCUUCUUCUAUUUUCAUUAAUUUCUUCGAUUUGGAGUCGGAAUUAUUACCAGAAUCUGACGUUUCAUGUGCCGUGAGAUGAGUUGCAACGGUUGUCGAGUUCUUCGGAAGGGUUGCAAUGACAAUUGCAUACUGAGGCAAUCAAUUCAAGGUAUUGAAACCUCUCAAGCUCAGGCUAACGCCACCGUCUUCGUCGCCAAGUUCUUCGGCCGCGCCGGCCUCAUGUCCUUCCUCUCCUCCGUCCCCGACUCCCAACGACCGGCUCUGUUUCAGUCUCUGUUGUUUGAAGCGUGUGGACGGACUGUGAAUCCCGUGAACGGAGCCGUCGGACUGUUAUGGACGGGGAACUGGCACGUGUGCCAGGCGGCGGUGGAGACGGUGCUCCGAGGCGGAGCCCUACGGCCAAUUCCGGAGUUUUCCGGCGCAUCUCCGGCUGACGAAUUUGACGACGCCUCAAACACUAACAACCACAACAUCGAUUUCUUCAGAUCCAGAGAUCUGUAUUUGGCUCGUAAAGCGAAGAAUAACAAUGAGUUGAUGAUCACAGCGAGACAGCAACCGGCCAGCGGCGAUCUGGAUGACUUUCCGGCGAGGAUGAGGGCGAAGCGGAGGGCGGAGACGCCGUCGUUGAACUCGGAGGAGUCCGAAACGACGACGUUGGAGAGCGAGCGGUUCGGGUUUACAAGGAGGAAGCGAAACGAAGGUUCUUAGAUUGUUCUUCUAAUAAUUAACGAAAGAAAGAAGUAAAGAAAGAGUCUUCUUUCUCUUUGGAGAUUGGGUAUAAAAUUUACCGGCUACCGGAAUCCAGGGUCAUAACAGCUUGACCUGUAAUAGAUUUUUCUUUUUUCAACAAAAAUUAAAUUAACUUGUUUUUUUACUUUUAGGUAAUUCCCGGUGAUAGAAGCUGGCGAGUAUUGUUGAGGAGGAGGAGGUGGUGGUCUCUUGGCACUUGUUUAAAUUUUAACUCAUAUCUUAAUCUUAUGAUAUAAUAGUUGAAUUUUGAUUGAA